UCAAUGGAAUAAUGACAACUAAAUGAUGGAAACUGUUAAUUGUUAAAAUAAAAGAUGUGUUUAGAAAAUUUUCAAGCAUCGUAUAAACGGAAUCGAGUAACGUGUAUCCCCACCUUUGUCGUCGCGGAUCCUCGACAAGAUUCGUACCCGAAUUUGGAGAAAAUUUGAUAUGGAUGUAGACUCAAACGAAAACAGCAGGGAUAUCGAUCUAUGCGAAACGAACACUCAACGAUUGAUUGCCGAAAGUGGUGGCCGAUGUAUGAGCACACAAGCUAUGCAAUCGCUUUAUGAUUUCCGACAGAACAAUCUUCUUUGCGACGCCGUCUUGAGACUCGAGGAUGGAGGCGUAUUUCCAAUUCACCGGGCCAUUUUGUCAGCUUGCAGUCCAUAUUUUAGAACUUUAUUCACAACCACAUUACACUCGCGUGAGAAAACGGAUGUCCUUUUGCCUGGUGUCAGCAGCAACAUGAUGAAUUUACUCCUCGAAUACGCUUACUUGAGAUCGAUCAAUGUGAACAAUGAGAACGUGUGCCAGUUGCUGGUCACUGCCGAUUACUUGAAUAUCCUAGGUGUUCUCGAUUUCUGCUGCGAGUAUUUGAAACAAAAUCUGGCGCCUGAAAAUUGUAUCAGUAUCAUGAGAUUCGCCCGGGAACACUUUUGCAAAGGAUUGGAAAAUAGCGCCUAUCGCUAUGUCAUGAGACAUUUUGUGCAGGUAGCUCAACGGAGCGAGGAAAUCCUCGAUUUGCCGAUUGAAGAGCUAACGACUUUAAUCGGAGCCGACGAGCUGAACGUGAAAAGCGAAGACACCGUUUGGGACCUGGUAUUGAAAUGGAUUGAUUACGAUCCUCAAUCGCGGAAGGAUUAUAUCGUAGAUCUGAUGAAGAAUAUUAGACUUGGCUUGUUGGAUACGCAGUUCUUUCUUGAGAAUGUGAAGGAUCAUCCGUACGUUACCGGGAACGAGGCUUGCCGGCCGAUCAUAAUCGAAACCUUGAAAUUCUUGUACGAUUUGGAAAUUAUCACGCAAAAAGACGGAGAGGUACCGACGCCGAAAAUAGCACGUCCGAGGGUACCCCAUGAAAUACUGUUCGCUAUAGGUGGAUGGAGUGGCAGAAGUCCUACAAAUUUCAUAGAAACCUACGACACCAGGGCGGAUCGAUGGGUCAAGGUGGAAGAAGUAGAUCCGAUCGGACCUCGCGCGUAUCACGGAACUGCGGUAGUCGGUUUUAACAUUUACGUGAUCGGUGGCUUCGACGGUGCUGAUUAUUUUAAUAGUUGUCGUUGCUUCAACGCUGUUACUAAAGUGUGGAGAGAAGUUGCUCCAAUGAACGCCAGAAGGUGUUAUGUUAGUGUUGCCGUACUCAACGAUUUGAUUUAUGCAAUGGGAGGAUACGACGGAUAUUAUCGGCAAAACACUGCAGAACGUUAUAAUUACAAGACGAACCAGUGGUCUUUGAUAGCACCUAUGAAUUGUCAAAGAUCUGACGCCAGUGCGACUACUUUGAAUGAUAAAAUUUAUAUCACGGGUGGAUUCAAUGGACAUGAAUGUUUAAAUUCAGCAGAGGUGUACGAUCCAGAAACCAAUCAAUGGACUAUUAUAGCUCCAAUGAGAUCACGUAGAAGUGGAGUAUCCUGUAUAGCUUAUCACAAUCACGUAUAUGUUAUUGGAGGCUUCAAUGGUAUAUCAAGAAUGUGUAGUGGUGAAAAAUACAACCCUGCAACGGAUGUUUGGACACCAAUUCCGGAUAUGUACAAUUCACGCAGUAAUUUCGCAAUCGAGGUGAUCGACGACAUGAUUUUUGCCAUUGGUGGAUUCAACGGUGUUACCACGAUAUAUCACGUCGAAUGUUACGAUGAGAAAACGAAUGAAUGGUACGAAGCAACGGAUAUGAACGUAUAUCGUUCCGCGCUCUCAGCGUGCGUAAUCAUGGGUUUGCCAAAUGUAAAUGAUUAUAUUCACAAGCACCGCGAACGUCUCAUGGAGGAGAAGCGGCAGAAACUGUUAGCACUAGAGGUGCACCGCAGUCAACAUCAACCUCAACAAGAUCAAAUGCAACAAAAUAGUGAAAAUUCGCAAUUAAGCAACGAAUUACCUAUACCACCACCACCUCAGAUGCCUCAGAAUAUGAACACUAAUAAUGAGAAUCGACAAAAUUGAAAAAAAUAUGUAUUUUGAAAAUAUUAUGUCGAGACUAUAGGUUUUAGGGUCAGACGGACGGACGGUAAUUAGGAGCAAUAGAACGAUGAAUGUUCAGAUAUUAAUUACCCUACGGUUAUGUUGAAAGAAAAUAGCGAAAAAAGUUAAUGGCAAGUAUAUUUUCAUAUGUUUUAUAUUUUCGAUUCAUUAAUGAUUGCUUAAGAUGUAACAAUAACUCAACAAGUGAUAGUAAGAUUAUCUCUAAAUUUAUAAAAUUUAUAAUACUUUUUGAAAACAAUGAUAAAGAAUAAGUAAGAGUAAAAGUUAAAAGUAUAAUUCUAAAUUAUUUGUAAAUUUUAUUUUAUAAUAGAUUUAUAAAAUUAGGAAGAGAAAAAUUAGAAAUUUUUUCAUUGUUAGUUCAUAAAUAAUUUUUUUUUAUUGUAAAAUAUUUUUCUUUCAAUAUAACCGUAGUUUAUUUUCAAGUUUCGAAUCAUAAAAUAAAUCGUCAGAGAUAAGAAAAUGUAAUGAUAAAGAGAUUCAUGCAGAGUUAAAUAUCCUGUUCUCAACAAUAAUGGAGGAUGAUUUUUGAAACGAAAUUUUAGGAUCAUUGUACUGGAAUAAGAAUGUGAUUUGUUGAAACAGGAUGAUAUUUUCGGAUUCGUGUUUACCGGAAUUUUAUUAAUCGGGACACGUUUUAUUUUUAUACAAGACAUGUUUCUAUUGGCUGUUUUUGUGAUACAAUUUUGUACGAAGUUUAUUGGAAGAUUUUAUACAUAUAAAUGAAUUUUGAGAGCCGAUUAUAAUAAAGAAGAGAAUGAAAGAACGAUUUUUGACAUAAACUUGUUAUUGACACUAAUGUUGACAAAAACUGCUGAAAUGGAACUUUACAACAAUCAAUAAAAAAAG